AUGGGUGCCUCGAGCUCGGUGCCAUGUGACUGUUCUCGGGGCGUGUCGCGGCUUUUGGGCGGAUCCUCCAGCGGAGCAUGCACCCUACGGAUCAUUCAGAUCACGGAUGUCUACGUCCUAGACAACUUUCCGAGCCUGCGAACCUUAAUCAAGGAGAAGUCCCUUGAGUUGCAACGGAAAUGUGGUGGGCAAACCAUUAGCAUGCUGACAGGAGACUUCCUAGCACCAUAUUUGCUUUCAUCCAUUGACAUGGGCGUAGGCAUGAUGAAGAUGCUCAAUGGCACACCUAUCGAUUAUUUGACAUGGGGCAACCAUGAGGAUGACAUUCCUCACAAGGAAGUGCUGAAACGAGAACGAGAGUACACAGGGACAUGGAUCAACACCAACAUGCAGACGCAUGAGUCCUUCGCAAAAUCCACGUGCCAAGUGGAUGAGGAAGUGCUCUCAAUUACAUCACUGGAUGGAAGCAACAAGCGGCGGGUUGGCAUGAUUGGCGUGCUGAGCAAUUCGCCCAGUCUCUACCGUCCAGGAGCCUUUGGCGGAGCCAAGAUCGAAGACCCUUGGGAGGUCAUGGCUACUUACAAAAAGAAGCUUGAGCAAGAGGAGGGCUGCGACGUUGUCGUUCCACUCUGCCACCUCUACGAGCCCCAAGACGAGCGUACCUGCCGGGACUUUGAUUUCCCUGUGAUCUUGAGUGGCCAUGACCAUCACGUGGUGGAUCGGCUGGUCGAAGGCACCCGACUCCUGAAGCCAGGUCAAGAUGGAAUCAAGGCCGUGAUCCUUGACAUCUCUUGGCCGAGUGCCUCCAGCACCUCUCCAGCUAUUGAAUACGAGAUCGUCAAUGUGGCUGACUGGCCGCCCGAUGAGGCCUUGAAGCGUGUAGCGGAAGAGGCCUACAAAGUUCUGGAUCCUUUGAGGAGGACCGAGCUGGCCCAGGUGCCGAGCACUUAUCGCCCCUUGACCUCUGUCCAGGCAAGAGGCCAGCGAGUUUCCAUGGGGACAUAUUUGCUGUCGCGGAUACGCGAUGCCCUGAACAUGGACAUGCCCUUGGGCGAAAGAUAUGUCGAUUGCGCCUUGCUCAAGGGCGGGAACAUCCGGGGCGGAAGGGAGUAUCAAGAGGACGAGCACAUCAAUUUGGAGGUCCUUCAGACUGAGAUCGAGGAGGCGAAGCAGAUCCUAGUGAUCCCGGUUCCGGGCUCUGUCUUGCGGGUGGGCCUGCGGGAGACCUUCGGUGCCCCGAAUCCAGGGUGGAUGCAGUACGAUGACGGGGUCGAGCUGGAUGCGGACGGCUAUGUGACUCACAUAGCCAAGGAAGCGCUGGAGGAGACAAGGAUCUACAAGGUCGCGAGCAUCGUAGAUUUCUGGCGCAAGCGCGACGCGCCCAGCAUUGGCCAGUAUUUUGAAGAUCAUCCGGAAAAGUUGCCCGAGCCGGACUCGGGAAGGCCUGUGCACUCCCUGCUCCUGACUUUCUUCGCAAUGCAGCUCUGGACCCGAAUAUGGAAGGAGCUGGGGCUGAGCAGUGGGGAGGAGCCAAUCGAGCCCGAGGCUUUUGAAGCCCUGGACGCCGAUGGCGACGGCGUGGUCUCCAAGGAGGACCUCAAGAAGAAGCUCCAGCAGGUCAGUGGCUUCGAGCAUGUUUUCGAAGGCAUGGACGUGCUUGUGGAUAACAUGCUGAGCGAGAUCGCCAAGUUCGGUGGCAAGGACAAAGGUCUCAGUGAGGAGGCUAUCCAGGCAGCUGCCAAGCAUUGGUCCAGUCGAAGCCUUUCCUCCCUGGUCUCCGACGGUGCCUCAGAGGAGGAGGAAGACAAAUGA